AUGAAUGACACCUUUACACUUCCAGUCCGGUCCCGCCCUCUAGGCCUCAAGUUAGGGGAUGCACCAGACUCCUACAGCAAUAACACCAUUUCAGGCACACAGCUGAGCGAACUUAAUAAUGGAGCUUUACUACCACUUACCCACCGCGAUCACUUUCGUGAAGAAGCACAGCUGAAAGAUGCACCCGAUGACCAAAUCCGCAAACCAUCAACGACUGAUAUUAUUUCAGACCAACUCUCUAUCCUACAAAUGGUAAGAGAUAACCUGAGACCUAUGAGAUCGCAAGCGCCCUCUCCACAGUCCGUACAUAAAGCUCCAAGGAGCACAUCUUCAUCAUACCAUGACCAAGGUAUUGGAUUUAGAGAUGUGCCAUCACCGGCAUCAGACACUCGCAUGCCAAGUUUGGACUUGGGCGAUUUGAUGAAAUAUAGUCGCUUCAACGACCGGCUAUCCGGUCUGAGAUCUUCAUCAAGUUCUUCUGUUGCUGCGAGAGUUAUGAGUCAAGGAAGCACCCACAGGACAGGAGUCGAUGAGGCAGCUGCUUUCGGGCACCUGCAACGACUACCCAUCCAGUCCUACCACUACUUUGAGAUUGUAUCAAGUUCGGAAGACCUACAGUCAAAUGUGACGCCUCCUCAGGAGACCAUGGCGAGACAGCCUUCAUUGGAAGACACUAUCAGGCUUGAAGGGACUUACCCCCUGACACGGGUAAAGGCCCGAAUCCAAACCCAAAUUGAUAGCCCAACAGAAAACCGGCACUCAGACAGUCCUAGUCCGCCAAUCAAACCGCCACAGGUGGAAAGAAGAAGCAAGAGAAAAUCUUCUGUCAUGUCUCUUCGAAGCUUGACAGAGGGAGUGAAACGGUCUCGAGCCGGAGUUGAGAAACUGGCACACAAUAUUUGUCAUAACAGCUGCAAUAAACUUCGCCAUGCCUAUCAGAGUGUCAGGCGUCAACAUAAAGAGCAGAGAAAACACCACUCGGCCUGGAAGACACUGCGCCGCAAACUUAGACCUGAGGAUGCCAGCAAGCCUAAACAUGAGAAAGAAUCUGCGUCUUUCUCGAUCGAGCAAGGCGGGCGUGGAACUAACUCUUGGUGGAAAGCCGGCGUAGAGAAGUAUCACGCCCCUAAGUGGAUGCGCUUUGGGAAAUAGAUUAUAAAUAACUUACAUGGCAAAUCGUUUGAGAAAAUCAAGUUACAAACGGUAUUAGUUUAGCAUCACGAGGUGUUAGCUAGAGGAAAGUGUACAUGGUCUAACAAUCAAGUUUACCUCGG